CAAACCCUAAUUCUCAAACCAUCUUCUUCUCUUUUGCUCUCUUUCUCUCUAAUGGAGACUUUCCAUGAUUAACCAACAAGCACGGCUCACCAAGCCGGACCUAUUUCCGGUCCGAACCGGCGCCGGUUCACUUAACUCGACCAAGCUUAUCUACAGCUCAAACCGAGUUGGGUUUUGUACAACCACUUUCAAGCGGAGGUGCGCCGGUGUUAAGGCUAUACGAUCAGAGAUUGUCGUUGAUGAGAAACAAUCCCCGCCGUCCAUCUCUCAACCGGGGUUCAAGCGAUCCUUAAAUGGCAACCAGAGGUUAGGGCUUUGGAGGAAGGGAAGAAUUAGGAUGCCUUUUGUGUGCAUUAGAGCAAGGGGAAAUGAUUUGACAGGCGCGACCUCGGUGAAGGAGAUUGCUAAUGGAUUGGAGGAGCCAUCCAUUGAAUCCGAUUUGGAGGAGAGGGAGCCCAGUGUUGCCACGAUUUUGGCCAAUUUUACUAAUGAUUUUGAUCCUUAUCUUGCUACCAGUACUCCGUUGUACCAAACUGCCACGUUUAAGCAGCUUUCAGCCACAGAGUUUGGUUCGUAUGACUAUACUAGAAGUGGCAAUCCAACCCGGGAUGUGCUACAAAGUCUUAUAGCCAAACUUGAGAAGGCUGAUUCUGCGUUUUGCUUCACUAGUGGAAUGGCUGCCUUGGACAUUGUCACAGACAUUCUUAAAUCUGGUCAAGAAAUCGUAGCAGGAAAUAACCUAUAUGGUGGGUCUGACCGCUUGCUGUCAAAAGUGGUUCCAAAUAAAGGGAUUGUGGUGACACGAGUUAAAACUAGUGAUUUGAAUGCUGUGGCAUCAGCAAUUGGUCCUCGUACAAGGCUUGUUUGGUUGGAGAGCCCAACGAAUCCUUUCUUACAAAUCGCAGACAUAAGGAAAAUAUCAGAAAUAGCGCACUCGCAUGGUGCUCUUGUAUUGGUGGAUAACAGUAUUUUGUCUCCAGUUCUGUGUCAGCCUUUGAAGCUUGGAGCAGACAUUGUCAUGACCUCAGCUACCAAAUUUAUAUCUGGCCACAGUGAUGUUAUGGCAGGAAUUCUUGCAGUAAAGGAAAAAAGUUUGGCAGAACAGAUAGCGUUUCUACAAAAUGCGGAAGGCUCUGCAUUAGCACCAUUCGACUGUUGGCUCUUACUACGAGGUAUCAGGACAAUGGCUUUGCGCCUAGAAAAGCAACAGGCAAGUGCACAGAAGAUAGCUGAAUUCUUAUCAUCUCACCCAAGGGUGACGCGAGUGAACUAUCCCGGACUUCCUUCUCACCCUGGGCACAAAUUACACUUUUCUCAGGCAACAGGUGCUGGUUCUAUACUCAGUUUUUUUACUGGGUCAGAUGCUCUCUCCAAGCAUAUAGCUGAGAAGACAAAAUACUUCAGCAUCACUGUCAGUUUUGGAGGCGUGAACUCACUUAUUAGCUUGCCAUACUUCAUGUCCCACGCGAGCAUUCAUCCUGAAAAGCUGGAGGCCCAGGGCUUGACCAAAGACCUUGUUCGAAUCUCUGUCGGCAUUGAGGAUGUAGAUGAUUUGCUUGCAGCUUUAGACUAUUCUAUUACAAAUGGACCAAAGUAGUAUUUGAAUACAACCCAGUCUUUUAUCUGUCAGCAAUGUGGGAAAGCGUUUUUGAUGUGACAAGCUGCUAUUCAUCUAUUCCUGCACUUAUAUGCUAAAUAAAUUGCUGCCAUGUUACAUUGUUAUCCUGCAUACUAGAUGGUUUUUAUCAGGGUUGAACCAGUCGGUUUUAAGACCUAUACGGAUUUAGACAAACCUGGGAUUGAACAGGUGACCAGCCGGUCGGACAGGUGGUUCUGGGUCCAGGUUAUUUUUGUUUAAUUCAACAAAGAGUUGAUUAACUUAUUUAUUAUGAGUGAUAAAUUGGUUUCAAAUAUUUAUAGCUCAGUUGGUUAGAGCACCUCACAUAAGUCAGGGGUGGUUUGA